CUCCCUGCUGUUUACAAGCGCUUGCGGUGGCGGGACGGAGGCUGUGUAAUUUGAAAACACAAAAAAUGGUUGUAAAUUCAAAGACUGGCGAGCUUAACCAUUUCUGUCCUCACCCAUAGCUGAACUGGGCGAAAUGAAGCAUUGCGUUCAUAUUUAUCUUUGUUUCGCGGUGCAUUUCAAGAUGGUUUUGUCGAAGGACGCGCCGGCUCUUGGUUCUAAAAAUAGUCCUCGGCUUUUGAAACCAGGUAUUUUCAGUGAUCAGUACAAAUAUGAUGUUAAUCAGAACCAUAGUGUCUUCUCGUACCGAGAGGAAGAACAGGAGCUUUACGUGGGAGGCACAGAUUUUAUUAUAAAAUUUAAUGCAAGUAACUAUCGCGUCAUAGAGAAAUUUCCAAUAACAACAACUGGACAGCAUAAGUGCUCUGACGGUCAGUGUAAAAAUGUAAUCACCAUCAUUGAGAAGUUUGGGGGCUACACGUUUGCGUGUGGAACAAACGGACACAAACCAAAGUGCUGGAAACUCUCUCCUUCUGUGAAGAAUCAGACCUAUGAGAGUUAUGAGGGAGCAGGCAUCUCCCCAUUAGUCUACACACACAACUGUUUGUCGCUCACAGUUGAUGGGGAUUUAUACGCAGCAGCGCCUUUGGACAUUGAGGGAAGCUCUUUGCAGUUCAGGAGAAAAGCUGGCAACCGGACUAAUGUCUGGAUGUACGACAGCUGGUUAUCAGAGCCUACAUUCAUAUCGGCAUCCUGGGUGAAGCGUUGGGAAGAUCCAGACAAUGAGAAAAUCUACAUCUUCUUCCGUGAAAAGAACUCCGACCACAGCCCAGAUGCCGAUCCCUGGAUUUCUAGGGUAGCCAGAGUUUGCAAGACCGAUGAAGGUGGAUCAAAAAGAUUCUUCCAGAACAUGUGGACGUCCUUCCUAAAGGCUCGCCUCGUCUGUGGAUUUUCUGAUGAGUCGUUGUAUUUCAAUCGCCUCCAGGACAUCUAUGUGAUGCACGCCGAUGACUGGCACCAAACCAGAGUCUACGCACUUUUCACAAGCAGCUGGAACUCAACUGCGGUUUGCAUCUAUUCAAUAGAAAUGAUAGAGAAGAUAUUUGAAAACUCAACUUUCAAAGGCUAUGCUAAUGAAAUCCCUACACCACGGCCUGGAACUUGCGUGUCAAACAGCAAAAACCUGCCGCGGGCCACAGUGAACGUAGUGAAGGAUCAUCCUGAAAUGGUUGAUUGGGUGCAUUCCUUUCAAUCAAAAGCUCCUUUUUAUGUAAGCAAUUAUAAUUACACCAAAAUAGUUGUCGACCGGGUUCAAGGAGCAGACCAGCAAGUGUACAACGUUUUGCUCCUUGCUACUGAUACUGGCAAAAUCCAUAAAGUCCUAGAGGCUGGUUCAGAGCCUUUUAUCAUAUUGGAAACACAGAUCUCCAAGAAUUCAUCUAUACAAGCAAUGACGCUCAACUCUCAAAAGAAAAAGUUAGUGGUGGGAUUCUCUGAUAAAAUAUCUACAGUGGACCUUCAAAAGUGCGAAGAGUACAACACGUCUUGUGCUGACUGUGUCCUGGCACGGGACCCCUACUGUGCAUGGACCACAUCUGGAUGCUCCCCUUCUAGCCUUGGGGGCAUUCAGAAUAUAAAGGAUGGACAUACAAGUGUUUGCUCACAAAACAAAGCAGCAAAUGUGUUAGGGGUACUGACCAGGUCCAAAAGGCAGAUAUAUUCACCAAAGAUUUCAGGGACAGUCCAUUCAGUCCCUGAAGGUGUCCCUUUCUAUCUGUCCUGUCCUAUAGAGUCUUAUCACGCAAAGUACACCUGGAAACAUGGAAGUAACAACAGACCUUGCCUGCAAAUGCUUUCUAACUGUCUGCACCUUAUUCCUUCAAUGGGACCAGAGAACUAUGGGGAAUAUGAAUGCAUCUCCACAGAAAAGGACUACAACAAAACUUUGAAAAAAUACCAUCUUAAGCAGCAGCAUGAAAAUCAAGACAGUAGGUUUGCUGACUCUAAACUGAAUGAUGCACCAAUCCUUGCUCCUCAGCUGUUGUUUAUUCUACUCCAGACUUCAGUGCUUUGGGAAAUUCUAAGAUAGUGUUUGCUAACUGACUUGGAUUUAAUAACAGUGUUCCCCAAACAUAUAACUGAACUGAAAUUAGGGACUGUCAAGAUACAUUGGCGGUGUAACUUAAACAUAAUGUCUUUUGACAGUUGUAACAUCAAAUUAAUCUAAACUAACUAUCAAUCACUGUUAUGGGACUCUGCUGUGCCAGGCAUAUCAUUCUAUCUUCCAUCUUGGCAGUGUUUACUAAACAGUUCUCACAGGAUAAAGAGAGGGUUUCUUUGUGUCUUAAUACUAGGAGAAUGGAAAGCUUGAUAAGUAGAUGGAGAAGGGUUUAAUUUGAAGUAAUGUGCUGAUGGAAGAGCAUAGUUAAAAGGCAAAGGAAAUGCUUUUCUGGCCCACCUAUCCUUUGUACACGCAGUCGUGCGCAUGCGGACUAGCCACGCUAAACUCUAAAAUUAGUCAACUUUUGUCGCUAUCAGGUAUAGGGAAAACUGAUGCUUUUAGCUCCCUGUGUGUUUAGCCUGUACGAAGGAAACAAGAGUGGAGGAGGAGUGAAACAACAAAAAACAAACGAGCAAUAUUAUCACCCUUAUUUUAUUGUCAAGCUCAUUUUAAUUCAUCAUCCGAUUAAUUAAGCUGUCACCAUUGGUCUCAUAUGGAUCCUGACAAAAAUAAUUAGAUUUCUGAUCAAGUGUCUGACAUUAGCUUCCUCUGAAGUGUGGAUUGACUCAACCUUAGAGACAAGGACUUCUCCCAACAUCUGGGAGAACUCAGGGUUUGGACUCGCCUCCUCCGCCUCAGAAUGAAUCAGCUUAGGACGGUGAUUCAGACGUCUGGGCAGGAGAGGCCUUGGCCUCUCCUUGGAGGUUUUCCAUGCACAGACGUAGCUAUGAGGCAGAACCAGAACUCUUUGAAGGAACUAAAUAUCCCUGGAAUGCCUGGGGAUUCUACCUGGAUUUGCUACCUCUUUGACACAAAGGGCAGUAGAUGAAUGGAUGAUGUUACACAUUUGCUUAAACACGUAAAAUGUUUUUGUUUUCUUCAAAAAAGGCAAAUACUAAUUAAUAGGUUUUCUUUCUUUCGCACAUUGUAAGGUCAAAGCCUUAGAAUAACCUUUAAUAAUGAAAAACCCACACCCAUUCUUGUAAAUCUGAUUUGGGUCAAUGCUCGAAUAGCAAAUGAAGAAUAUCUUGAGUUGGGUAUCCGUUGUAAGGUCUUUGAGAAUUAACUGCUAACCAAAGUACACACAGGCAAAAUUGGACAAGUAAUAGUCUUGGGUCAAACAGGAUGAAAGUUGGCAACAUUACUGCUUGGCAAUGAGACAAAAUUGGAUAGAAAAUACUGAAAUGGCUUUAGUAUGUACAUGUAAAGGAUAUUUGAUCUUUUAGGCUAAUCAUUGAUCAGAGUUGCAAGGUAGGAGGAAAAGAACCCAGCACAGAUGAAUCAUGGAUGUUGUGAAUGUGGAAAAGCUUGAGAUAGCGGGAGCUGCUGAAAGAAAAACAUACCUUACAGCGUUUUAUGUUUAAAUUGUCAGCCAUUUUGUUGGUUCUGCACUUGUUUUGUGGGUGAGGUUGGAAAAUAAUAUGUACAUUUCAGACCCUACAAAGCAGCGAAACAAGUAAGCCAUUCUCCUUCCUGCUGAGGUGUUUCCACCCUUAUUGACUCAGACAGUGCUGAGCUCAGUAGAACUGGAGCCCCCGCAGCAAAGGCUUUUUUUUUUUGCUUACUUUGAGCUGGAACAUGUGGUGAUGGAAGAAGAAUACAGCACACCCAGUCAUUAUUUUAUUGAAGUGAGAGAAAUGAAAGGAAGUUCCAGAACAGAAUCUUUUCACUGUGAGCAUUAGCUGUAGAAACAACACAAGUUGGAAUAGUUCUUUUGCACUUUUAGGUCAUUUGUACCAUUAAAGCAAAUAAAAUAUGAAGUUCCCAUGCUAACAAAGGCAGAGCUCUUCCUGAGCAAGGCUCUUUCCUUGGUACGGAGAGGAGUAUAUCUGCAUUAGAUAGUUUGGGUGGAUUAAGUGAAGUAAAGUUACUUAACUUCCUUUCAUAAUUCCUUUCAGUGGUCAGUGAGAAAUAUGCAGUCAGGAGAGAAAAUAAAAUAAGCUGUAGGUCACAUGAAGUGCAUCUUUAACUGAAAGUCGCUUUUCCAUAGCAAUAACCUAAAAUUGCACUACAUUAGUGUCAUUUAAAAUUAUAUUCUAUAUUUUUCUUACAUUUUCCAUUUAAAAAAUGCAAUACAAUGUUAAACAACUGAAGCUCUGGGAAAACUAUAAAUUUGUAAACAAAAUCUUCAGAGCAAAUGCAUGCUCAGGAUAACACCGGAAAAAGAAGUUGUACAACAGAUAAUGACUGGAAAAAACAAAGGAAAUGAUCAUUGACAUGAAGAGGUUGUCUUCCUGUCAAUUGUGGACCUGAGUCCACAAUUCUUGGCAUCAUCUCCUCCGGCAGCAAUAUGGCAGAUGAGAAUCCUCUGUCGAAAAAAGUGAAGGAAGCUAAAAAGAUUGCUUUAGUGUCUACGAUCGUUUUGCAGCAACAAUAUUUUAUGGCAUACUGAAAGUGUGAAAAAUGCUUUUGUCUUUUACUCAGGAAUGUGAUUAAAAAAGCAGAUAAAACGUAACAGCAUGUUUGACUUCCACAGGUCAAAAUCAUAGAGAUUCCUCCCACCAUCUCUGAUUUUUUUUAAACUGCUGCCAGACAAACGGUAGCACAGCAUCAAAAACAGAAACCCCCUGACUGCUGCAUAGUUUUUUUGCCUCUAGUUGUUAAAAGUCUGGACUUUCGUUUUGAUUAAGCACUUUACGAUUCCAUUUAUUUUAAUCUCUUCUAUCUGCUUUGUUUCUAUCUUUGUUCUGUUUGUAUUUGAUUAUUUUCAUAGUGUUCCUUGAUAAUUUAUCACAAUUGUCAUCUAAGCUAACCUCAGUGAGAAAUAUGUUGGUGUGAACUCCCUCAGCCAGAGAAAUGUAUGCAUGGGAACACUGGUCACAUCUGGCUGACCGUCCAGACUUGGGUCAGCAUGAAAAUUAUAGACCAAGUUUACCAUAGAAAUAAACUGACUUGAUUUUGGUUCCUCAAACAUUCAAGAAUGCAUUAACCUGUUUGAAAAUGUCACAUUCCAAAGAGAAUAUUGUUAACUUGUAGAUCAUUGGUGACCCAAAAAACAUUCAUAAAUUGGCAUCAUGAAUGGCUCUCUCAGCAGAAUAUUAAUAUAUUUUUGUCCGAGCUAGGUUGUUGAUGUAUGUGGCCUUAAAAAAAAUCUUUACUAACCAGGUUUAAUAAAACAUAACUUAUGAAA